AUGGCCUCCCCUAGUGUUCUCACCUUUGACGCUGAGGGUCCGGCAGUUGACUUUGAGGUCUGGGUAGAUGAUCUGCAGCUUUUCCUACACUCCGAUAGGGCAGACGGUCUCUCCCUCUUUGACCUCACUUCUGGUGCCUCUCCUGCCCCUGCUGCUGAUGCUGACGCCACUGUUCGCUCCCAGUGGGCCACACGUGAUGCUGCUGCUCGCCUUGCUGUGCGCCGCCACUUACCGACCACUGAGCGUGCACACUUUAGUCCAUACAAGAGUGCUCAGACCUUGUACGACGCUGUAGCUGCAUGCUACUCUUCCCCUGCCACUGCUGCACUGAGCCGCCUCAUGCUACCGUACCUCUUCCCUGACCUUGCUGCCUUUCCCACAAUCGCUCACCUCAUUACGCACCUCCGCACUAGUGACACUCGCUACCGCGCUGCGCUUCCUGCUGAGUUCUACGCCAAGAACCCCCCCCCCCCAAUGUACAUCACCCUCUACUACAUAGUCACCCGGCUCCCUGACUCUCUCCGCGUAGUUAGGGGCCACUUCCUCUCAGUUUGCCCCACCACUCUCACCGUUGACCUCCUCGAGAAGGCCCUCCUAGCGGUAGAGAAGCGCAUAGUCAUUGUAGGAGCCUCUCGUGGUGACCCUCGCACCCCCGUCAUUGAGAGGUGUUCUCCCUCCCCCCUCUUGCCCUCUGUUGCCUCUGCUGCUACGGCCGACCUCGUUGGCUUCGAGUCGGUCGGCGCUGCGUCUGCCCCGAGCGGGAAACGCCGCACCGGCAAGGGCAAGGGGGGCAAGGGCGCUGGAGGGGCUGGAGGCGGCGGUGGAGGUGGUGAUGGAGGCAGUGGAGGGAGUGGGGGUGGUAGUGGGAGUGGUGCCGGGGGUGGCGGCGGCGGCGGCAGCAGUGGAGGCGGCGGAGGCGGUGGUGGUGGCGGAGGGAGCGGAGGCGGGGGAGGGAGCAAAAGAGGCGGAGGUGGCAGAGGUGGUGGAGGUGGAGGAGGCGGCGGAGGCGGCGGUGGUGGAGCGGGUCGCGACACUGCGCAAAGGAGUGGCUCAGGUUGUGGUCCGCGCCAGCAGCAGCGGAGUGGUGUGACCCUGUCCCCUCAGCAGCUUCGUGAGUGGGCGGGGGUUGCCGUCUUUGAUCUUGACUAUGAUGCUAUUCUUGCUGCCAUGUAUUUUCUUGAUGAUAGUGUUGUGGGUGACUGUUACCUGUGUGUACCGCCUGACCCGGGCAUUGAGGCUUCUGCUCUAGGUGCUAGUGAGGCUACAGCUCUAAGUGCUAGUGCGUCUGCUCCCCCAGGUGCUAGUGCGUCUGCUGCCCCAGGUGCUGGUGAGUCUGCUCUCUCAGGUACUACGUCGGCUCAGGCCUUACACGCCUUCACCCUUGACUCGGGUGCGUCCUGCUCCUUCUUUCGAGACCGCACCACUCUACGCCGCUCAGUCGGCCGGUUGCAGUCUCCUGCAGACCCCUCUGGGGGUCCUGUUCUUGCUAGCUUCUCCUCUGUCUUACCUGGAGCGGACCUCCAGGAUAGGGGGGUUGACCGGUUCACUCCUGCGAGUCAGCGAGUGACCCACAGCACUGUGUGCUCGGACGGGCCGACACUUGGCUACGUUCACCCGUCGGCCAGUGUCGAGCCUACUCUCCUUUGGAACCACCGCCUUGGUCACCCCUCCUUGCCUCGUCUCCGAGGCAUGGCGUCCCGUGUCCUUGUCCCUGGUCUCCCUCGGUCUCUCCCUUCCCUACCUCCGAGGCCUGGCCCUACCUGCGUCCCCUUGGUCGAGGGGCGACAGCGUGCCGCCCCUCACUCCUCCGAGUUUCCUCCGACAGAGGCUACGCUGCAGACUCUACACAUGGACGUGUGGGGCCCAGCUCGCGUUAGUGGGCAGGGGCGCGAGCGGUACUUUCUGCUGGUGGUUGACGACUACUCGCGUUACACCACAAUCUUCCCCUUGCGCUGCAAGGGUGACGUCACUGAGGUGUUGAUCGACUGGAUCCGCGCAGCUCGUCUCCAGCUCAUAGAAAGUUUCGGCUCGGACUUUCCUGUUCUGCGUCUGCACUCAGACAGAGGCGGAGAGUUUUCCUCUGCCGUCUGGGAGCCUUCUGUCGUGCACAGGCCAUCUGCCAGACCUUCACACUUCCGGCCUCUCCACAGCAAAAUGGGAUUGCUGAGCGGUGCAUUGGCAUGGUCGGCGAUGCGUCUGCGUUGCGGGUCUUGGGAUCUCGGGCGUUUGUCCGCGACUUGUCUGCGGACAAGCUGUCCCCCCGUGCUGUUCCCUGCGUCUUCCUUGGCUUCCCUAUUGACGCGUUUGGGUGACCCCACCUCGCGCCGUGUUCUGUCCUCCCGGGACGUCACCUUUGACGAGUCGGUGCAUUACUACCGUCUCUUCCCCUACCGCACUGCGCCUCUCCCCCCACCGCCCCUCUUCCUUGCACCAGGUCCUCCCCAAGUAGACCCCCUCCCCCCUCAGGGUCCUGCCCCGUCAGGUGUGUCCCAGUUAGACGCAGUCGAGCCUGUCGAGGUAGCUGUUGACUCUGGUGCUGCUAGAGGUGGUGAGCCUGCGGGUGCCGGGUCUGGGGGUGCUGAGCCUGCGGGUGCUGGGUCUGGUGGUGCUGAGUCUGGGGGUGGUGAGACUGGGGGUGCUGACUCUGGGGGUGCUGAGACUAGGGGUGCGGAGCUUGGAGGUGUGGAGCCGGGAGGUGCGGAGCCCGGAGGUGCUGGGUCUGCUCGUGUGGCCGUCGGCGGUGCUUCGUCGAGGCGAGAGCCGCUCUCUCGCAGGAGCUGCGCGAGUGGUUUGCCCGCCGCUGGAGACGUGCUGAUGAGACUGGGGGUGCUGCUGGAGCUACUGGAGUUGGUCCUGCUGGAGCUGCUGGCGGUGCUGGUGCUGCUGGAGCUGGAGCAGCUGAGGGUAGUCCUCUCUUCCUUCUCUUGCUGA